AACGGACCUUAGCUACGACUUGGCAACAGGAGGUAUGGUCCACUCAGCUAUGAGCUAACGUUAUGCAUUGUACAUGAUUCGAAAUCUUCCCAGCCUUUAUACCCAAGAUACUAUAGGGUUUAUAGCAUAUAACCGCGUUUUCUGAUUACAGUUUAAUGCAUUUUUCACAAUUUACCAGCUAUCGUUUUGAAGGCUGAACAGACAAGAGUACUAAAGUGUGAUGUCACGUUUCGAGAGCAACAGAUUUUCGGUUCUACACAAACCAAAUUAACAAGGGGAAAUCCUAUGCCACACAAACCUUUUAUAGAAAAGGAACAAUCUUUUUGCGAAUUGAUUUGUGAGUUUGCUUUACCAAUGAUGUAAGUAAUAUUGAGAAUAGAUUGUCUUCAAAUUAAAAAAAAAAACUAAACUAAACUAACGUUUACAAACUUUUCCUUUUAAUACCCCAGGGGAAUAGAUGAACGCCUCGACAUUUUUCGAUUGGCAGUGAUUUUCACCUCUUGAAAUUGAUUUAUUUUAAUUUUGAAAGAAACAACACAUGGAAGCAAUGGAGAACGCCAUCUCUCGUUCGGUUAUUUAGAACUGAAAAUCCGGUUGCCAGGACAACGUAACGUUUUCACUUUAGUACUCUAUUUGAGUGGAACAACUUAGCAGGUGUCCAUAUAGCCUAUAUAGGGUUAGCCUAAUUGAAGUAGUUUAAAAAGAGAAAACAUUUUGACUAAAAGUAAUGACUAAAAGUUGACUAAAACUACAAAGGAAAACAAUGACUAAAAUGUGACUAAAUAUACUAAGCAUUUUCGUCAAAAGACUAAGACUAAGGCCCAAUCUCAAUACUUCCCCUUACCCCUUAUCUUCCCCCUUACCCUUGAAGUUGCGCGUUCAUGUGAGAGCUAGUGGUGUCUCAAUACCCAAUUUGAUCAAGAUUAAGGGAUAAGAUUGAGUGCUAUGUACCCCUUAUUUUUAAGAUGAUUUGAGAGCUCACUUGCUCCUCCAAGGGAUAUCCCAGAGCGCAUAGCGAAACCGGCACAUAGCGAAAACACUUCAACGAUGGCGGCAGCAUCUAAGAAGUCCCACAAAUGGACGCCAGAGCAAACCCGACAUCUGAUAAGAUUUCAAACAGAAAAUGAUCACAAAUUUGUGAGAUCGAAAUUCUUGGCUAAGCAGCUAUGGGAGACACUGGUGAAAGAGAUGGGGCUGGUGGGGAUGAUUUCAGGACAGCAGGCUGCCAAGAAGUGGGAGAACCUUAAGCAGAGAUAUAGGGAGCUACGAACACCCAAAACCGGGUCGGGGACUGACAGGGGGGAGGUGACUGCUGCCAACUGGCAGUUCUUUGAGGAUAUGCACGAGGUGAUGGGUGACAGGCCUGCAAUGGACCCUCCUGUGGUGGUGGCCUCCUUUUCAGAGGAUCCCACGCAACUCCUCAUGGAAAUGGUUGAGCCUCCAUUGGCACCCAGCCUCUCUGCAGCCAGCACCUCUGCACCCAGCACCUCUGCACCCAGCCUCUCUGCAGCCAGCACCUCUGCAGCCAGCCCCUCUGCAGCCAGCCCCCCUGCAGCGACAGGCUCCCCAUCUCCCUCACCCAGAAAAAAUAAAAUAAAAAAUCCAGUACUGGAAUUCCUAGUAGAGGAAUCAGCAAAAGAGGAGAGGCGAAACGAAGAGGAGAAAAGACGGCACACAGAAAGUCAGGAGAAAACAGACCGUCUCUUGAGUCUUUUUGAAAAAAUGGUUGACAAAAUGUAGGGGUUAUUUUGGUUUUGUUUGUUCAUUUGUUCAUUUUUUGCAGUUCAGUCGUUAUUGUUGUACAUAUAUAUUUUUUGUGUUAUGUUUAUGUUAAUUUUAUUUAAAAAUAAUUUUGUUUACAAAGUGUUUCUGAACAUUAAUGCCAUUCAAAACAGAUGACUGGUGACAAACAGAUACACAAAACACUAUGCACUGUGUAUGAAAUGAUUUAUUGCAAUCAGACUUAUACAGAUAACA